UGGAGGCCCGGGGCGCAGCGCCCCCAGCCGCUGCCGUCGCCGUCGCGGUUCCUCACAGCCGGAGCCGGACAUCAUGAGACAAGAAGAGUAAUCUUUUCCCCUGUUUUCACAAUGGAGGACUCGGGCAAGACUUUCAGCUCCGAGGAGGAAGAAGCUAACUAUUGGAAAAACCUGGCUAUGACCUACAAGCAGAGGGCAGAGAACACGCAAGAGGAACUCCGAGAAUUCCAGGAGGGAAGCCGAGAAUAUGAAGCUGAAUUGGAGACGCAGCUGCAACAAAUUGAAACCAGGAACAGGGACCUGCUGUCAGAAAACAACCGCCUUCGCAUGGAGCUGGAAACCAUCAAGGAGAAGUUUGAAACGCAGCAUUCUGAAGGCUACCGGCAGAUCUCAGCCUUAGAGGAUGACCUUGCCCAGACAAAAGCCAUUAAAGAUCAACUUCAGAAAUACAUCAGAGAGCUGGAGCAAGCCAAUGAUGACCUGGAAAGAGCCAAACGGGCCACGAUCAUGUCUCUUGAGGACUUUGAACAGCGCUUGAAUCAAGCCAUUGAAAGAAAUGCCUUCCUGGAGAGCGAACUGGACGAGAAGGAGAAUCUCCUAGAAUCUGUUCAGCGACUGAAGGAUGAAGCCAGAGAUUUGCGGCAAGAAUUGGCUGUGCAGCAAAAGCAGGAGAAACCCAGGACUCCCAUGCCCAGCUCUGUGGAAGCUGAAAGGACAGACACAGCUGUACAGGCCACUGGUUCCGUGCCAUCCACCCCCAUAGCUCAUCGAGGACCCAGCUCUAGCUUAAACACACCUGGGACGUUCAGACGUGGUCUGGACGACUCCACUGGGGGGACCCCCCUCACGCCAGCGGCCCGGAUAUCUGCCCUCAACAUUGUGGGAGACCUGCUGCGGAAAGUGGGGGCUCUGGAGUCCAAACUUGCUUCCUGCCGGAACUUCGUGUAUGAUCAGUCCCCAAACCGACCCAGUGGCCCAGCCUCAGGGUGGGGGAGCAAGAACAGAGACGGCGGCGACAGACGGCCAGGCAGCACCAGCGUGCCUCUGGGUGACAAAGGAACCUUCAGGAAACUGAAUCAGCCAGACUAGAUUACUGAAGCCAGUCACCUGAUUGGAAAACACAAAUCUGACCUCUAACAGCUUCAUUUAUUUUCUUGCCUGAAGAAAAUCAGUGCAGCUUCCAGAUUCUAGAAUUCUGUAAGAUGUGCCACCAUCUCACUGGACCCCAGGCCACGUAAAUUUGGGAGCGAUCAGUGGCAGACAGAGGACAGGAAAUGAAGAAUCGUUCUCCCCAGCAUGCACAUAACUUCCGGACCUUUAGAUGUGGGUGUUUUUUUUGGAGCGUCUUCUGCGACUGGGCUUUUUGCGUGGCCUUGGGCAUGUGAGCCCUAGAUAGCCAGUGUCCUUUUCUUCAUUUCACAGGAGAGAAAAUUGAGACCCAGUGAGACACUGCUCCCGACCUUGAUAUUCACUCUUAUAACUUUGUGGGGCCCCGUGCUAGCCAGUCUAUAACAGCUGUAAUGUCCGCCUAAUUUGGUUUGCUCUGUCUGAAGGUUGGGAAAACGCCUGGAAUUUGGGAAGCCGCCUUCAAAUAUUUCCUCACCAUCGCUGCCGUCAGCCCAGGGUGUAGUCAAGAUGUUGCUUUAGGAAAUCCACGGAAGCCAAGGCCCCGGUGUCUGUGCAGGAGUCAUUUUAUCCUCCUUCCCUCUUUAAACUAGGUUUUUGUUUUUUUAAGUUAGUUUGAGGUAUACGAGCAAGCAGUCGCACUAGCCAGUGACGGUGGGGAGCGGGGAUCGCCUGUGGCCCCGGGUGGUCGUCCCCAGGAAAUGCCAUCUCAUAACCCCUGGCCUCCUUGUCGGGGUGUUGCCAAUGGACAGGGACAAAGCGGACCCUCUGGAAAUGGCAACGUGGGUGCUGAGGCUGCUCCAUCAUUUUCAGCAGACCUGAGUCCUGAUUGGUCUUGAGAGGUGUUUUUCGUGACCGGGGACACCUAUAAAGUGGGGUCUGAGCCCAUCUCAGGCUCACUCCGGCCCCCACUUUGCUGGAGCUUCUUCCAGAACAAAAUCUCCAGUGCUCUUUGGCACAGCAGGGAUCAGUGCACUGAAAUCACAUCUAAGGGUGAAGAACAGAACAGGCAUGUACCUUUUAUUUAAACUGUGGUGUGGUGUACCUCUGAGACUUUUUAAUCUGCCUCUCACUGAGUCUUUUAGAGGCAUGCUUGAGUUUCGGAGUACGUUUUGUGGGACCAGGUCAGUGGAAACUCUGUGUCCUCUUUAGACCAGUCCUGGCUGUAAGUUGUCCUGAGCCCCUCUGUCCUGGCCUGGGGGUGACCUCUGCUUCAGGACCCUUAGGGUCUCUGGGGUGUGAUGGCCUUGGUAAUGCAGCCCCUAAGAACAGGACUUCAUUCAAAGCCUUGAUGAAAUAAUUGGGGUGACCUUCGGAUAAGAUUAAACCACCAAGACUGUCGGUGGGAGGUUCCUUAUUAAAGAAGAGACGAACCCAGGAUUUCCACACAGAUGGCGUGCAGCUCAUCCCUGCUGGUUGUGAACGGCAGUCUCACAAUUUGGACGCAAGUAAAAAGAACACAUGAAUUCCAGCGUGUGUGUGCAGCUUAACGGCCUUCUGUUACUAAGUUAUUUUUCCAAAAGAACAGCAAAAAUAUCCUUGAGUUGAAAACAGAACUUUUCAAAUGCUACUGAAAUUCAGCAGAGAAUUAAACUUGAGUGCCCACUUCGUUGCCCUGGCAACAUUCUAACCUAUAUCGGUAAAAGAUGUACUUCUAUUUUUUUAAAAGAACAAUAAAAUCAAGAGAAACUGAUUUUCAGCUA